CUCGAAAGAUGCCGAUGCGGGAUCACCAGACUUCUGUUCUCCCAUUCUUCUUGCUUCUGCUCAUUGGCCCUUGCCUUGGGUUUUUCGGCUGGCUCUCUCGAAGUCCCAAACCAACCCCUGUUCCAGACCCGGAUCCUGCUCCAGACCCCAGAAAUCUCCAACAUGUUGCUUUCGAGAUGACAACAUCCGACGAGAGGUUUUUAGCAGAGGCCCACCAGUUGCAUCUUUCACCCUUGGAUUCCUGCCACCACAAGGUCAUAGCCCAGCUCCGUUCGUCUUGUACAGACCUGACUGAAGAGGAGCUGGCCAAGUUGGGGGUCUCUCUGUUCAACUGUCAAGCGGGGGUUGAAGGCCGAAGGACAUACCGCUGCACCUCAGAUAUGACCCUGGCCGAAUGCACUGCGGAGAUGGAUCCCGACACCUGGAACGCUUACCACAUUGUUAGCAACCGUGCACGUGCCGUCUGCUACGCCACCCGACAAAUGCAGUUCAAGCUCCGGGCCGAGCACACGGUCAAUGCCUUGGUCUCCACCGCAGCUGGACAGCUGGAAGCCAUGGAGAUCCUCAAGAGUGGCCAGGAGGAGCUGCGAGCGCUGACCUCGGAGUCCUUGCAACGAGUGGUGAGCGGUCAAGAGCGGCUCCUGGCCCAGCAAGAGGUCUUCCAAGACAACCAAGAACACAUGGAGGAGUCCAUCCACAGCAACCUGGCCCAGCUAGCCCAGGAGAAGGCCCUGAUUGCCAGCGGGCAGCAGCAGGUGGCCCAGCUGAUCGAGGGCAUCACACGGAGAAUGGAAAAUGUCAGCAUUCACCUGAGCAGCCAGGAUGCCGACUUGCAAGAGGGCCACAAAGCCAUCCUGAGGGACCUGAGCCAGGUGCAGAAGAGGGCCCAGGAGGUUUACUCCAAAAUAGAAAGCAACUUGGGGUUAUUUGCCACCUACCAGAACCAGACCGGCCUCUAUUACGAGGAAUUGAUGGGGAAGCUGCAAAAGAUGAACGAAAGCUUAGGGCUGGUGCUGUUCACCAUGGAGCGCAUGCAGAGCAACGUCGAAGGGCAGCUGCGGCACAUUCAGAGAUUCAUCAACUGGGCAGGCUUCAGCCUGAGCUCCAUCUACACCUGCCUCUUCCACGGCUGCUAUUUCCUCCUGGCCGCUUUGGUCAUGACUUUCCUGCAGAUCCCCGGCCUCCCGCGCAUCAUGCUCCUGGUCCUCGUCGUGGCCAAUGCCCUCUUGGAGCUCAACCACAUCUUUUCCUUAGGAUUUAAUGCCCUCACCAUCUUCUUGGUGCUGGCGGUCACAGGCAACUGGCUGCUGGGAAGAAUAAUCUGCCGUGCAAUGGCGAGGAAAGAACACAAACAGAUCUUAGGGUCUGUGCCAUUCCUCUGGGAAAAUCCUGAAAUUUGUGUCCAUGAAGAGGAGGAAAAGAAUGGGAAUUGUGUUUGUGUCACUUCAACUCCUGAAAGAGAUGUUGACGCUGAAUUCUUGAAAGAGGAGCUAGAAGAGUUGGAAGAGUCGAGCUACAGGUCAGAUGCAACCCAUUUGGGAAUGGAGUCGCCAAGGAAAGGUGCAGACGUCCUUCCUUCCUCCCAAAGAAGAAGACAAGAGAACGCCAUGCUGUUUUCAGUAGACCAGGGCCCUUCUCCCCACACUGUCAGCCUCCGCCGUCCCGCUUUGUCCCGCUCCGUCAAAAGAGAGGUCCCAUUGGACAGAUUCCAUCACCUUCAUGUGGGCUCAUCCUUCUCGCUUCCCAUCUCAAGGUGCUCUUCACCCAAUGACUCCAUGGCCAGUGACAUGUCCACUUGCUCAGCCUCUCCAAGGCUACGGUGUCAAGCGGUCACUCGGACGGGAAAGCCAUGCCGGAAGAGAGCCAUUGCAGGACAAAGUUAUUGCCACAUCCAUGAAUCCGGACAGUCCUCUUACGUCAGCUAAGCAUCCUCUCCGAUUUAGUUCUCUUGUUGACGAACGGCAAGAGAGACCCAUCACUUUUAAUGGUCUUUUCCAAUUAUGAGAUGCCAUUUUUAAUCAUUGCAAGGUUACCAUUUUUAUACUGGCACGUUCCCAAGGAAGGGCAGCCUGCAUUUCAUGGAUUUAGCUCAUAGCUGGCUCCUCAAAUCGUCUUAUAAUAAGAGAGGUCAUCUGUUGAUGUAGUAGCUUAUGCGGUUCAAGGAUUAUGUAGUACCCAAAGGAAAGGAUUGCCAAGCUACAACCAUGACUUGAUUCUUGUGGCUUCCUAGACAGGGUUUUGAAAACAUCUAAUUUAACUAAACAAGAACCUCAUCUACCUCUGUUUUCUCUCCCAAAAUGGCUUAUUUGCAUG